AUGAAGUGGUUGAAUCUCUUACUCUUCGGCACUCGGAAUCCCCCCGAACAAGUAGUUCCCCCCAACAGAAGCCUCUCCAAUCGCUCCACUCCACCUGAGGGAAAAACCACCUUCAACGCAUACUCCAUCGACAACAUCCCCACAAGCCUAUUCUCCUCCAACGACAACGACGCAAGCCUCGGCAACAGCGGCAAGAACAUCGGCACAACCCCUCCAAUCUCGUUGUUGCUCAGAUCCACCGCCCAAAAGGCAGAAAGCCAGAGGUGUUCGAACAACAAUGGUGGGAAACAAUCCAAAGCCAGAAAGCCAAAGGUGUUCGGCAAAGGCAAAGUCACUCCCACUCAGAUCUCAUUCAUCGUCAACAGAUACCUCUACGACAACAACUUCUACUCCACUCGCUCCACCUUCAAAAACGAAGCCUCUUCCCUCAUCGCCAAUUCACCCAUUCACGAGGCACCGAAGAGUUUGUUGACUUUGGGUGAGAUGCUGGAUGAGUAUAUCUGCUUGAAGGAGCAGAAGGUGAUGUUGGAUCAAGAUCGGGUCGUUAUGGAGCAAGAGAAGAACCGGGUUCAGAUGCUGUUGCAAGGCAUGCAUAAUGUGAUGACUGCUUACAAUGCCAGUGGAAACCUCCCUGCACCUGCUGCAAAAUCAGCGGUUGUAGCGGUUCCUCAACCAACUUUUAGUUACAAAUCUCAUCCAGGGAAUCCUACUUCUGUGCAAAACAAAUUGAACACACCAUCAGUGCCUCAAUCUAGCAAUUCAAAUGCCGAGGGUGGAAACAUGUCGACAGUACCAACAGUGAAUGUAUCUGACAGAAAGAGAAAGGAUACUAAAACUGCGGAUGCUCCUCCCGCUGCUAAAAAAUCUCGUGGUAGAUCAUCCAGUAGGAAAAUCCCUGUCCAAGGUCAAAAUGCUCCUCAACAAUCUGAUAACGUUGUCAAUAAUACAAUUGUAGCUCAGCCUUCAGCCAUUCAGUCUUCAUCAGAGAACUGCAUACCCAGGCAAUCACAAGUUCAGGGAUCCAAUGUUGCUAAAUGCUUAUUCAACCAGUCUACACCAUCUGUUCCAAGUAAUUCACCGGUUCCAAAGACACCACCUAGAACAAAAUCUUCUCACAGUGAUACACAUGUAUCCCCUUCUGAGAUUUCUUCAGUUGCAACCGGUAAAUGUGCAGUUACACCCAGCCGUUGCACUGUAAAGCCUCCACCGACCAAAACCCGUUGAAUGACAGCGUCACCUGCUGCAGCGCGGGAAGCUCGAACAGCGCAAACGGAACGGCGCAGUUUAGCCUGUUGGAGCUCAAAUCCAGAACUUGCAAAUAGUUUAACCUUUUUAGAGGUGGAAAGCAUCUUGGAAGACUCGGGAAAUUCAACUUUUGCUGUGGGUAACUCUGCAUUGGCCUGUAACAGAGGUAGGCUUUUUCCUUUGAGUGCAUGCGUUGUUGACUACUUUGCUUCCUUUUUGAUAUACACGUGUUCGAGAGGA